GCAGGAAGUGAACGGGGCGGGCAUGCAUGAGCUGACCUUGUCGGGUAGCAGCGGGCUGCAGCCGCCGCCAGAGCCGGAAGAAGCUGGGCUGGCACCUGCAGCAGACCUGCUCGGCCGGGGAGAGCAGCCUGUAUCCUUGGCUCCCAUCGCUAGGAGGAAGAGCCGUCGCCUUCCCUCCCAGCUCCAUCGACUCCACGUUCUCCAGUCCCUACUUUCUUCGCCACAGCAGAAUAAGACUCAUUUUUAUGGCAUGCGCUCAUGAAAUAUUCAGGAUCUCUCUAGAUCGAUAGCUGGGUUCCUGAAUCAAUCUUCUGAAAGAGGAAGAGCGAUAACAGUUCCUGAAGAGGUUGAUUGGGAACAAGUUAUUUACCUAGCCUGGUCCCCCCUCCAAAAAAAAAAAAAACCCCAAACAGAAAUGGUAUACUAAUACUUUAUUUUUAUUUUUUUUAAAAAACACAUUCCAGAAACACCAGGAUAAUGCACUGACUCAUUUAGUUCCCACGGUUUCCAGUUGUAGCUUCGGCCUUAUUCAUUGUUACUCUGCUUCUCUCCUCGCGAAAGAGAGCAAGCCAUUUUUUGAUUUGGAAAUCAUAGUAAGUUUCUGGAUUUUGCUAGUUUGGCAAGAGCACAUAAACUGAUGUGCAGGGACAUCAUCUAGCCUAGUUCGCUCCAUUAUUCUUGAGUACUGCAGAGAGCUAGGCUUGCACGUUUAAUUUACUGUAUAUCGCCUAGAGAAUUUAUAUGGCGAGGCAACUAAUAAAUGUAAAAAAUAAAUAAGUGUUCACUGAAUCCAAAUAAUAAAUUAAUAAAUGUAUUUAUUACCUGUCCUUCACACUAAGAUGCCAGGGCAGGUCACUGCAAUUUAAAUUGCAACCUUCCAAACAGUUUGAAAUAAAUUACAAUUACAAGAAUAGGGUGGGUCUUAAAAAAAUACAUUGCAAGUGUCAAAGGCCAGGGUUAAGUGAAGGUGUCAGACACUCCUCUGGGGACAGAGUUCCACAGCUUAUGGGAUGGCUCAGAGAACACCCUCACCUGGAUCACACACACACCGCAGGGUGUUGGAAGGGUGCACUCUAAGGGUGCUGGAAGUACCAAGAGGGAACCCUCUGCUGAUCUUAACACCCAAGAGGUUAUGUAGGGAAGGAUGUGGUCUUUCAGCUAUUUGGGGUCUAAGUCUUUUUAGGGCUUUAAACAUUUCAUGAGCGUAUGUGCCCAGAAACAAACUGGCAACCAAUUCAGCUGUUUUAGAACAGGGAUUUAGAUGAGAUAUUAAUGGCACCCAAGCCUGUAAUCCAGCUGCUGCAUUUUAGAACUUUUGAAGUUUCUGAGUCAUCUUGAAGGGCAGCCCCACACUGAGCGCAUCACUGUAGUGCAGUCUGGAAGUUACCAGAGCAUGGAGUACAGUAGCCAAGGAAUUUCUGUCCAGAAAAAGCCAUAGCUGCCAAACUGGCUGUAGCUGUAGCUGGGGGGGGGCACUUCUAGUUGCACCUUCCAGAAGUGUGCAAGCCCAUCCAGAACAGUCAGUCCAUCCCCUCACCUCCCGGACUUGAGAACUCAGGACAUGAAACACCUCUGUCUUUUCAGGAUUCAAGUUUAGUUUAUUGGUCCACAUCCAGCCCAUUGCUGCCUACAAGAACUGGUCUUAACACCUUAACUGCCUCUCCCAAUUCAGAUGGAACAGAGAGAGUGAGAGCUGCCUGGGUCUUGUCUGCAUAAUGAUGAUACCUCACUCCAGACCUCCUGAUAGUAUAUCCCAGGUGCUUUGUAUAGGUAUUAAAUAGCAGGGGGACAAGAUGGAACCCCUCCCAGGUCUCAUAACUCUGUCUGAAUCUGCACAAUUCUGCCCCUCUAGUGUCUCAGUGUUGUUACAGCAGACCUCCAAAUGUGUCAGAGUACUAGUCUCUUGGCCAGAUAACAAAAGCCCAUCCACCGCCUGGAAAAAGCUCAGCUACAUAGCUACUUGUUGAUACACUGGUGGCAGAGAAGUAAAGUGUUUUUUUGCCACCGCUAUGAGGAAACUAGUGUUUGUUCAGAGUUGGGCUAAGAUUUGCAUCACCUGCACUAUUAUCUACCAACACUACUUCCUUUCAUGCUGGUUACUAGAAAAUCUAGGCAACCUAAGUGCUCCGCAGAAAUGGUGAGAGCACCCAGGGCUGGUUGUGUCAAUGACUCUAUGCAUUUCACCAUUCCAUAGUGAGAUGAGAGCCUCAUUAGGAGUACCAGCCAUGUCAGCAGGUUUCCAUAAAUCUCCAAGGGUGGGGAAUCUCACAUCUUGCAGUGUGGAGUAUCUGUGUUCAGCUUUAGCAAUGGUAAGAGGACAUGGGUUUCUUCAUCCCUACUUUCUUGCUUAAAUGAAUGCAGGCUGAGACCUUGGAUGGAUAGUGCCAAAACAAGUAUUUAUUUUAGUCUACAGCAGGGGUGGGGAAUCUGUGGUCCUCCAGAUGUUGGAUUCCAGCUCCCAUCAGGCCCAGCCAGAUGGGCUAAUGGUCAGGGAUGAUGGGCGUUGUCCCACAGGUUGCCCAUUUUGAAAAGACAACCUGGCACACUCAAGACCUUUGGUCUGAGCAAUAAAAGACACCACCAGUGUAGCUGUGUUACAAGACUUGAUUGUUCUUGGUGGAUAGUUAUAGACCUGGACUUAGACCUUGUACAAUAUGUUGGUUACAACAGACUUAGCAAGACCUGGCAGAAAUAAUAAUAAUAAUAAUAAUAAUAAUAAUAAUAAUAAUAAUAAUUUAUUUAUACCCCGCCCAUCUGGCUGGGUUUCCCAAGCCACUCUGGGCAGCUUCCAACAGAAGUAUUAAAAUACAACAAUUUAUUAAACAUUAAAAACUUCCCUAAACAGGGCUGCCUUCAGAUGUUUUCUAAAUGUCAUGUAGUUGUUUUUCUCUUUGACAUCUAGUGGGAGGGCGUUCCACAGGGCGGGUGCCACUGCCGAGAAGGCCCUCUGCCUGGUUCCCUGUAACUUGGCUUCUCGCAGCGAGGGAACCGCCAGAAGGCCCUCAGUGCUGGAUCUCAGUGUCCGGGCUGAACUAUGGGGGUGGAGACGCUCCUUCAGCUGAGAUGCCCAGACAGUUCCCAAAGCUAAACCUCUCUGAGGUUGAUGAGUCGGUGCGGCUUCUAGCUGAAAAGGUUUUUGCCAAAGUUCUCCGAGAAGAAGACAGCAAAGAUGCCUUCUCACUAUUCACCGUGCCUGAGGAUUGCCCUAUUGGGCAACAAGAGGAAAAAGAAAGAGAGCUGCAGAAGGAGAUGGCAGAGCAACAGUCGUUGGAGACAGCGAAAAGGAAGAAAAGUUUCAAGAUGAUUCGGUCCCAGUCCUUGUCACUGCAAAUUCCACCGCAGGAAUUGAGAGCUCAGUCGGACACCCCAGUUGUGUCUCCUCCUACUCCAGUGCUUCCAGGCGUUUUGCAACCCACACAAAGGAUGUAUGAUGUACCAGAAUUUCAAAGAGUUACAAUUAGUGGGGAUUACUGUGCUGGGGUUACUGUUGAUGAUUAUGAGCAGGCUGCCAAGAAUUUGGCAAAAGCUCUCCUUAUUAGAGAGAAGUAUUGUCGCCUUGCUUACCAUCGCUUUCCAAGGACAACAGCCCAAUAUUUAUGCAGUAUGAGAAAUGAACAAUGGAAAGAUGAAGAUGAAGUAUUUCCAGAUUUUCAUCCACCCCCAAAAGACCUGCAGGACCUUUACAAUCUUGAUGAUUCUCCAGGGAAUCUGGAUUAUGUUGUAAAGAUGAAGGAAGGCAUUUUCUUCGUUUAUGAGAACAAAGAAAUGAUGGAAGUUGAUGAGCCGUGGAACUUGCCUUAUCCUGAUCUUCAGACUUACACCCUUGACCUCAGUCAUGUGCUGGCUCUCAUUGCAGAUGGCCCAACAAAAACAUACUGCCAUAAGCGGCUUAACUUUCUAGGAUCUAAGUUUGGUUUACAUGAGAUGUUAAAUGAAAUGUCUGAACUUAAAGAACUCAAGAGUAAUCCUCAUCGGGAUUUUUACAAUGUGAGAAAGGUUGACACCCAUAUCCAUGCUGCUGCCUGUAUGAACCAGAAACAUUUGCUGAGAUUCAUUAAACACACAUACCAAACAGAGCCAAACAGGAUAGUGGGAGAGAAAAAAGGCAAGAAGUUAACUUUAAAGCAGGUGUUUGAAAAUCUCAACAUGGAUCCCUAUGACCUUACUGUAGACUCACUAGAUGUCCAUGCAGAUCGGCAGACAUUUCACCGAUUUGAUAAAUUCAACUCCAAAUAUAAUCCAGUUGGUGCAAGUGAGCUGAGGGACUUGUACUUGAAAACAGAGAACUAUAUUGGUGGUGAAUAUUUUGCUCGUAUGGUGAAGGAAGUUGCCCGUGAACUGGAAGAAAGUAAAUACCAGUACACAGAACCUCGGCUGUCAAUUUAUGGGCGUUCUGCCGAUGAAUGGCAGAAUUUAGCUAAGUGGUUCAUCAGGCACAAAGUUUACUCACCGCACAUGCGUUGGAUGAUUCAGGUCCCUAGAAUCUAUGAUAUUUUUAGGUCAAAAAAUAUUCUGCCUAGCUUUGGCAAAAUGCUAGAGAACAUCUUCUUACCUCUAUUUGAGGCAACGAUCAACCCAUUGGAACAUAAAGAGCUGCACCUCUUCCUUAAAUAUGUGACAGGGUUUGAUAGUGUGGAUGAUGAAUCCAAACAUAGUGACCACAUGUUCUCUGACAAGAGCCCCAACCCUGAUAACUGGACUAGUGAAAAAAAUCCUCCAUAUAGCUAUUACUUGUACUACAUGUACAUAAACAUCAUGGUUCUGAACAACCUGAGAAAGGAAAGAGGCAUGAGCACCUUCCUGUUUCGGCCUCAUUGUGGAGAAGCUGGAUCGAUCACUCACCUGGUGUCAGCUUUUCUUACCGCCGACAACAUUUCCCAUGGAUUGCUGCUGAAGAAGAGUCCAGUUCUCCAGUAUCUUUUUUAUCUUGCACAAAUCCCCAUUGCCAUGUCCCCUCUUAGCAACAACAGCCUAUUCCUGGAGUAUUCAAAAAACCCACUCAGAGAAUUUCUACACAAGGGACUCCUUGUUUCUCUGUCUACAGAUGACCCUAUGCAGUUCCACUAUACAAAAGAAGCACUGAUGGAGGAAUAUGCCAUAGCAGCUCAAGUGUGGAAACUGAGCACUUGUGACUUGUGUGAAUUAGCAAGGAACAGUGUACUACAAAGUGGUUUGUCACAUAAGGAAAAGCAGAAAUGCAUUGGGGCAAACUAUUCCAGCGAAGGGCCUGAAGGAAAUGACAUUCGAAAGACUAAUGUUGCACAGAUUCGGAUGGCUUACAGAUAUGAGAACCUAUGCAACGAGCUGAGUUUCCUAGCAGAUGCAAUGAAGACAGAAGAGAUUACUGCACUGUCAAAAUAGCCACAGUAUCGUGCAAAGGACAGAAGUGUAUGAACAUAAGAGGACUUGAGCAACUGCAGGGGGGGAGAGCUGCCUGGUGAUCAGGAGUCUUAUGUUGCGUCCGACUUGGCUGCCAAGUCCAGUUUCUGUAAGCAUAGUUAGGGCUGCUGUACAUAUUCAGAUGCAGGGUCUGAAUCUUCUUUAUGCUGCAUUAAACGUUUAAAAGUGCACUCUGAAUCUAGGCAAAAUAUUUAUAGUGUUUGCAUCUGGGAUACGUGUCUGCUUUGAAACAAGCAACAUGCUGCAGCUUCUGGUAGCACACAUGCACCUCUUUUGCCAUGCUUAGCUAGCAGUAGGCAAGGAUGUAUGGCACUUUAAUCUCUAGUUUGUGUACACUCUUUGAUCGGUAUUGCAAUGAAUGUAGGGAAGAAAAAGAAUAUGACCAAAGAGCUGCAUGUUUUUCCUGGUUGCACGAUAGGAAAACCUAUUCACCACUUAUCCUUUUGUCUACAUUUUGUCUGUCUAUACCCCACAAAAAAAAACUACAAUAAAUUGUAGGUGUGGCCAUU